UUCCCCUCUGGGAUCACCUUUUCUUCGGCCAUGGAGGAAGCCUUGUUGCCCCUGGCCAUGACCUCUGACCCCAGGCCCUUUAAUCAACAACUCCCAGAGCCUCCAGACCCAAGAUGUGUCUUGGAACCCCAGGACAAUCCUGAACUGGCACCCGCCCUGGUGUGUGCUCUUUGUUGCUGCUUUGGAAUCAUCUACUGCUGCUUCGGCUACCGCUGCUUCAAGGCAGUAAUGUUUCUCUCGGGCCUGCUGUCAGGAGCUCUGGUGAUCUUCCUGCUGUGCCACAAGGAGCGAGUGCUAGAGACACAGCUGAGCCUGGAGGUGAGCGCGGGCAUUGCGCUGGGCAUCGGACUCCUCUGUGGCCUGGUCACCAUGUUGGUUCGCAGCGUUGGGCUCUUCCUGACUGGUCUCCUGCUAGGCCUAACCCUGGGUUCCGGGGCCCUGCUGGGCACAGAGCCCAUCUACCAACCACCUUCAGCCUGGGUGCCGGCUGGGGGGCUGGUGGGGCUGGCACUGCUGGGAGCCCUGCUCACGCUUCGGUGGCCACGUCCGUUCACAGUUCUAGGCACAGCCCUGCUGGGUGCUGCGGUGCUGGUGGCCUGUGCUGACUACUUCCUAGAGGGGCUGGCACUGGGCAGUCGGCUGGGCCAACGCUUGCAGGCACUUCCAGCCUUGCCUCCUCUCUGCUGGUAUAGCUGGGUCUUGCUGGGCACCUGGCCAGCCCUGGGGGCCCUUGGGGCCCUAGCCCAGUGGAAGCUCAUGGAUGAGGAACAUGGAGGCCACGCCAAUGUGGUCUUGAGCCACCAGCGAAGGCAUCUUCAGCUCCUUCGGAUCCGUCAGCAAGAGGCCAAGUGGCAUCGGACAUCCCCUGGGGUGGGGCUCUGUGAAGGCAGCUACCGGCGCCAGCUUCCCCCCAACGCCCGGAGCCCUGCUGAUAGUCUGGCUCCCAGUUAUCUCCAGAGCCUUCGAGAGCGCCAGCUGGGACCAGGCACCCAGGCCACAGCCCCCCACACCGUCCUGGAUCUGGAUUCUGACUGUGGUUCCACUGUACCCCUCACCACACCUUCUGUCCACCCAGACCUGAGCCUAAACCUCCACUGA